CGCGCUCGCGAUCCUUUCCGUUGCCCUCACGCGAUCUCAGAACACCGAACAAUCGCUUGGAUAAAGGGGCCAAAGGAUUAGGCGAUAGGGUUUCGUCCUUGAGACUCCGAAGAAAGAUGCCGAAGAACAAGGGUAAAGGAGGGAAGAACCGCAAAAGGGGGAAGAACGAGGCCGACGACGAGAAGCGCGAGCUGGUAUUCAAGGAGGACGGCCAGGAGUACGCCCAGGUGGUCCGGAUGCUCGGCAACGGCCGCUGCGAGGCGACGUGUAUCGAUGGAACUAAGAGGCUUUGCCACAUCCGUGGUAAGAUGCACAAGAAGGUAUGGAUCGCCGCUGGGGACAUCAUCCUCGUAGGCCUUCGUGACUACCAGGACGACAAGGCCGACGUCAUCUUCAAGUACAUGCCCGAUGAGGCACGUCUACUCAAGGCGUACGGUGAGCUUCCUGAGAACAUCCGUCUCAACGAGGGUAUCGGAGGCCUGGACGAGGAGGACGAGGGCGGCGCUGAUGACUACAUCGAGUUUGAGGAUGAAGAUAUUGACAAGAUCUAAGGAAUUGGAGCCGGACCUUCUCUCUUUCUCCUGAACGUGGUCUGAUUUAGUUGAUGUGCCUUUCAUUUUGGUUUCAUUAUACACGUAAAUUUGCUUCUGUUGUUGUAUGAAGAUGCUUGUAUUAAAUUCUUAAUUCCUGCAAUGGUCGCCCCCCAUGCGAACAAGAUAUAUAAUCUUGUCUUUGUUCAUGGAUAUAAUUUGCUAUGAAAAAACACAUCUUUGAGCGUCUUUAGUUA